AAAGACAGUAGUAUUAGUAAAAGGGCAGAUAUCCGUGAACCAGUUAAUCGCUAGGAAGAAGAAGAAGAAACAACAACAAUGGUGGGAACCAAUCUAAAAGCGGAAACCUUCUCGUUAAUGGACAAAAGAACAAAUUUGGAAUCAGAAAUGAACACAAUCAUAGAUCGUCUUUCUCAACCUGGCGGCCCUGGUCUUUCCGGCAACCUCCUCGAUUCCGAAGGAUUUCCCAGGGCAGAUUUCGACAUUCCAUCCAUCCGUGCUGACCGUAAUCGCCUCUCUGUGUUGAGGAAUGACCAUAAAGAUCUGACUGAGAAAAUAAAUCAAAAUAUUGAAGUUCUUCACUCAGGAAAGAAGACUGAUCAUAUUUCUUCUUCACCCACUAUAAAUACAGGAAGUAAUAGUAGUAUGAUCAUGAGUUCAUCCUCCAUGGAUGUUGACAUAAAAGCAGCUAAUGUACCAUUUGCAUUUGUUGAUGAGAUAUCUGAGUCAUGUCCAGCAGCAGAAGAUGGAUUGCAACUUGGUGAUCAGAUUGUAAGCUUUGGCAGUGUUGAUUCUCGUGAUAAUUUGCUUCAGAGGCUCGCUGCUGAAGCUCAGACGAAUCGAGAUCAUCCUGUCACUGUUGUUGUUCUUAGGCAAGGUGCUCUUGUUGAUCUCAAAAUCGUACCUAGACAAUGGCAAGGCCGGGGUUUGUUAGGAUGUCAUUUCCAGCUCCUAUGA